AUAAAUACAGACAGGCAAAGGCCCCGCCGCCUCCUCCUCCUCCCCCUCCCCCGGGGAGCCCUCCGGCUGUCGCUGUGUGUGGAUGCCGGCCCCCGCGCCCGACCCCGCCAGGAUGAACAGGAAGAAAGGCGACAAGGGAUUCGAGAGCCCCAGGCCUUACAAACUAACCCACCAGGUGGUCUGCAUCAACAACAUAAAUUUCCAGAGGAAGUCUGUUGUUGGUUUUGUGGAGCUGACAAUAUUUCCCACCGUAGCGAACCUGAAUAGGAUCAAGUUGAACAGCAAGCAGUGCCGGAUAUAUAGAGUGAGAGUCAAUGACUUGGAGGCUGCUUUUAUUUACAAUGAUCCAACGCUGGAGGUUUGUCACCACGAGUCCAAGCAGAGAAAUCUCAACUACUUUUCCAAUGCUUAUGCUGCCGCAGUCAGUGCCGUGGACCCAGAUGCUGGAAAUGGAGAACUCUGUAUCAAAGUUCCCUCUGAGCUGUGGAAACACGUGGAUGAGUUAAAGGUCCUGAAGGUACACAUCAAUUUUUCUUUGGACCAGCCGAAAGGAGGCCUUCAUUUUGUGGUGCCCAACGUGGAAGGAAGCAUGGCAGAGAGAGGUGCCCAUGUAUUCUCUUGUGGAUAUCAAAAUUCAACAAGAUUCUGGUUUCCUUGUGUCGAUUCCUACUCCGAGCUGUGCACCUGGAAAUUGGAAUACACGGUGGAUGCCUCCAUGGUGGCAGUCUCUAAUGGGGAUUUGGUGGAAACCAUUUACACCCAUGAUAUGCGCAAGAAGACCUUUCACUACCUGCUCACCAUCCCGACGGCGGCCUCCAACAUCUCUUUAGCCAUCGGGCCUUUCGAAAUCCUCGUGGACCCGUACAUGCACGAGGUGACUCACUUCUGUUUACCUCAGCUUCUCCCACUGCUCAAGCACACAACCUCCUACCUUCAUGAAGUAUUCGAGUUUUAUGAAGAGAUUCUCACCUGUCGCUACCCGUACACCUGUUUUAAGACCGUUUUCGUCGAUGAAGCUUACGUCGAAGUAGCCGCUUAUGCUUCUAUGAGCAUUUUUAGCACAAAUCUCUUGCAUAGCGCGAUGAUUAUAGAUGAGACCCCUCUGACCCGGAGGUGUCUAGCGCAGUCCCUGGCCCAGCAGUUUUUUGGUUGUUUCAUAUCCAGAAUGUCUUGGUCAGACGAGUGGGUCCUGAAGGGAAUCUCCGGCUAUAUCUACGGACUUUGGAUGAAAAAAACUUUCGGGGUCAACGAAUAUCGUCACUGGAUCAAAGAGGAGCUAGAUCAAAUCGUGGCCUACGAACUGAAGACCGGAGGAGUUCUACUGCAUCCGAUAUUUGGAGGAGGAAAAGAAAAGGAUAACCCUGCGUCCCAUCUGCAUUUUUCAAUAAAGCAUCCUCACACUCUGUCCUGGGAGUAUUACACUAUGUUCCAGUGUAAAGCUCAUCUGGUAAUGAGGUUGAUUGAAAAUAGGAUUAGCAUGGAGUUCAUGUUACAAGUUUUCAACAAACUGCUAAGCCUGGCCAGCACCGCUUCAUCUCAAAAGUUCCAGUCUCACAUGUGGAGUCAGAUGUUGGUUUCCACGUCUGGAUUUUUGAAAUCCAUCUCCAAUGUCUCCGGCAAAGACAUCCAGCCUUUGAUAAAGCAAUGGGUAGAUCAGAGUAGCGUCGUAAAAUUUUAUGGUAGUUUUGCGUUCAAUAGGAAACGAAACGUGUUGGAGCUGGAAAUAAAGCAAGAUUACACUUCUCCAGGAACUCAGAAAUAUGUGGGCCCCCUCAAAGUGACGGUGCAAGAGCUAGACGGAUCAUUCAACCACACGUUGCAGAUCGAAGAAAACAGCCUUAAGCAUGACAUACCUUGCCAUUCUAAAAGCAGAAGGAAUAAGAAGAAAAAAAUUCCGCUGAUGAACGGAGAAGAAGUCGACAUGGAUCUUUCGGCAAUGGAUGCGGACUCCCCGUUGCUGUGGAUAAGGAUAGACCCGGAUAUGUCCGUUUUGAGGAAGGUGGAGUUCGAACAAGCCGAUUUCAUGUGGCAGUAUCAGCUUCGCUACGAAAGAGACGUAGUCGCACAGGAAGAAUCCAUUCUGGCCCUGGGGAAGUUCCCCACGCCGGCGUCCCGACUCGCGCUGACCGACAUCCUAGAACAGGAACAGUGUUUCUACCGAGUUCGAAUGCUGGCUUGCUUCUGCCUUGCAAAGAUUGCAAAUUCCAUGGUGAGUACGUGGACUGGACCCCCCGCCAUGAAGUCUCUCUUCACCAGGAUGUUUUGCUGUAAGAGUUGUCCAAACAUCGUAAAAACCAACAACUUCAUGAGUUUUCAAAGCUAUUUUCUACAAAAGACCAUGCCUGUGGCUAUGGCUUUAUUAAGAGAUGUUCACAAUCUCUGCCCGAAGGAGGUUUUAACGUUCAUUUUAGACCUAAUCAAGUACAACGACAACAGGAAGAAUAAGUUUUCAGACAACUACUACCGAGCAGAAAUGAUCGACGCGCUCGCAAACUCCGUAACUCCCGCCGUGAGCGUGAAUAACGAAGUUAGAACCUUGGAUAAUCUAAAUCCCGACGUCCGACUCAUUCUGGAAGAAAUCACCCGGUUCCUGAACAUGGAAAAGCUCCUGCCCAGCUACAGACACACUAUAACUGUCAGCUGUCUUAGAGCCAUUCGCGUGCUGCAGAAGAAUGGGCACGUGCCCAGUGACCCUUCUCUCUUUAAGUCCUAUGCCGAAUAUGGCCACUUCGUAGACAUUCGGUUGGCAGCUUUGGAAGCAGUCGUCGAUUAUACCAAAGUGGAUCGGAGUUACGAAGAGCUACAGUGGCUGCUCAACAUGAUACAGAAUGACCCCGUACCCUAUAUAAGACAUAAGAUUUUAAAUAUGCUAACAAAGAAUCCUCCAUUCACUAAGAAUAUGGAAUCUCCAUUAUGCAAUGAAGCCUUGGUAGACCAACUUUGGAAGCUUAUGAAUUCAGGGACGUCACAUGACUGGAGACUGAGAUGUGGAGCGGUGGAUUUGUACUUCACCCUCUUUGGCCUCAGUAGGCCUUCGUGUCUGCCGCUCCCUGAACUGGGGCUGGUUCUGAAUUUAAAAGAGAAGAAAGCCGUCCUGAAUCCCACCAUCAUUCCUGAGGCAGGAACGGGCAUCCAGGAGGCUCUGAGCAAUCUAAACAGCCACACACAGCUAAUGGGAUUUCAGAGCCUUGAAGACGAUCUCCUUGUGAAGGAACCAUCUUGUAACAUGUCAGCGCAUCAGCAGGGAACCAAGAGAAAGGCCGACUCACUUUUGGGAUCCCCUCUGGAACCAGGUCAAAUCCUGGAGAAGAAUGAGGACAACAGUAAAGUCAAACUCAAGAUCAGAUUCUCAAAUUCUCAAGAAGAAGAAGAGGUUGAUAUGGACACAGUUCAUGAUAGCCAAGCUUUUAUCUACCAUCAUUUGAACAUGCUGGAAAGACCAUCCACCCCAGGUGUCUCAAAACUGAGGCCAGCUAGCUCCCGCUCUGCUCUGGUGCCUCAACAUCCACCAAGCUGUGACAUCCCAACUACUACAAAACCUCAGUGGGGUGUGGAGCUGUCCCGCAAAGGUUCAGGUAAAGAACAGUCUUUGGAGAUGAAUAUGCUACCGGUCCCCAUCACUCCCCUUUCGGCUUUUACUAAGGAGUCGAACUCCUCCAAACACGGCGAUCAUCACCACCAUCACCACCACGAUCAUAAGAAGAAGAAGAAGAAACACAAGCACAAGCAUAAACAUAAGCAUAAGCACGACAGCAAGGAAAAAGAAAAAGAACCUUUCACCGUCUCCAACAGUCCAGCCAGCGGCCGCUCCAUUCGAUCCCCCUCUCUGUCGGACUGAAGCGGACAGAUCCUUCUCCCGGAGCGCCCGGAAGGGCGUCUACAACCUAAACCCAUUCCUCCGGAAAGGACGCCAAACAGUGACUUAACUCUGUCGGAGACCUUGGGGAUCCAUUCAGAUGCUACAUGGUGGAUUGACGUGGCCAUUGAAGUCUAAUUAGAAAAUUGGGCUCGAUGGUUCUGAAUAAACUAUUUCACUCCCUCUCUCUUUUCUAAGUACAACAAACUUUUCCUUCGGGCCCCCAGACCCACUAGCAGCCCCUCUCACAUCAUGCUCUCCGUGUGUCCUGCCAAAAUCAAUUAUGUUUUCAAAUUUUUGUCGAGCGUUACGAGGGAAAGUGUUCAACAGAAGCAACUGCCAGAUCUGUGGUGAAACCACUGUUUCCAGUCCAGUGUUGGAUAACGAAGUUUAGACCUCCUGAAGAGACAGAGGAUGUUUUACGGUCCUGCUUGCCUCAUUUUUGUUUUAACCAUUGCAUUCGAGUACCGGAAUCUCUGAAAGAGGACCGAGAGAGUUUCCUUUCUCCCCUCGGUGUUGAAAACUUAAGCCGCUGACUUUUUCAACAGUGUUCCCUGAUUAGGCUUUAGAAUUUUAACGGAAAUGCCUUUAUGCUUGAUUAGCUUAGAAUCGGACUUUUAUAGUUAUAAUAAGGUGUGCAGAUUUUGUCGAAUGAGCUUUUCGCGUUUCAGUAAAUAUGUUUCUAUGUAAAAUACGCCUCGCUAGAAGUCAGCCAUUUUCAAAUAUUUAAGCACCUCUCCUAUGCUCUUGCUGAAGCGGGUUUUUCUUGAUAUAUUUCCCACAAAGUCCAUCCUCUUUCAUGAGCACAGAAUUGAUUUUAAAGUGAACAUGGGUGUGUGGAUCUUUCAGCAGAUAAGUUCAGGUAUGAUUCAGAAGAAUUAGGGUAUUUACAGAUUUUUUAUUUGAAUCGGUCUUUUUAAACAUACAUGAAUAGCAUUCUGGGGGGAUGUGCGUAUUUGAAGUCCUCACAGAGCUGAAAAAUAACCUUUGUUUUAUUUUUAUCAUACCUGUUUGCAACGGCUGGCUUUUGAGUUUACAUUUUCUUCAUUCAGUUUUCUAUUCGGAAUGCCGCGUACAAUUAUAGCACUUCCCCUCACCCACUGAGUCUCGUUAGAAAACGACGCUUCUUAGGAAAACUAUUUUCAAAGGGGACCCAAAAAUGGACUUUUAGGUAUGUUCUCGAAAUGUUAAUAAAAUUUUUUAUGAACUUUC